UUUGAAAUAAGGAAAGUCUUUGGGUUUUUAAAUGAAUUAGCGAUUGUUAGUUGCUUUGAUAAACGUCUAUCUGCAGCUAGAAUAUUAUACAAAAUAUUUUGUAAGAAAAGUUUGUUUGGAAGUUAUCAUGUUUAGAAAUUCAUUUUAGAUGGAUAUCUUCUGGGCCUUUCUGAAAACUUGUCAGUUAAAGACCUAUGGACUCACAUUGCUGUUUGUGAUUAUCGCCAACCAAUGCGUACAACAACAAGCAAGUCAGUUCUCUACAUGCAAAGAUGCACUGAGUAAAACAAAUCAAAUUAAGGGGACUUUCAACAUUACAGUAGGCUCGAGAACUUUGGAAGUACUCUGCGUCAGAGAUGAACACGAAAUCAGAAUAAUAGUUUCUCAUUCAAGUGCUAACAAAACAAUGUACGUUGGGAAUACUCACUAAACGACACCUACGGUUAAAAAUAUAUCAUAUUUCCAAGAUCUGGCGGGUAUAAUUAAACUUGUUGAUGCAAAGUACCGAUGUGCCCAAAGAGUGGAUUUAGAUUGUUCAUCGUCAAGAAUGAGUCGUUAUACAUGGCUCACCAACAGACAUUACGAGAAACUAGAUUACUGGGCGGGAGGUCCAGUGAACGGUUCUGGCUGUUCAUGCGGUGUCACAAACACUUGUCACAUAAAAGGUACAAGCUGUAACUGUGAUUCUAAUGAUCACGUAGUUAGAUCAGAUGAUGGAAAAGUCAACCGAAAGUCAGACUUGCCAAUUACAUCAGUUAUCAUUGGCGAUGUAGCAGGCUAUUGGUCCGUUAAAUACAAGAGAAUCACGGUUCAUCAACUGGAAUGUUUUGAAGAUAUAGAUGAAUGUGCCCGCAAGGACGUCUGCCAUUCGAAUGCAACUUGUCACAACACUCCAGGAUCCUACAGCUGUACUUGUAAGCCUGGCUUCACUGGCGAUGGGAGAAUCAGUUGUUCAGAUAUCGCCAAAUGCAUUGAUUUAAAUUGUCAUGCAAAUGCCACAUGUCUGAAUAAAGAUGGAAAUCAUUUUUGUCAGUGCGUCAAGGGUUUCAGAGGAAAUGGAACAUUCUGCCAAGACGUGCGAUACUCAUCCUGCAACAGGGCACUUGCAAUGAACAAUUAUGCAGCUGGUAACUACGCACUAACAACAAAAGAUGGCCCAGUUGAAGUUGCAUGCAGUCUAAGCCAGGAUGGAAGGAAAGUUGAUACGUUCAUUAGCGAAACUGCCAACAAGGAGAUCCAUGUCUCCAGCAGAAGGGCCGCUGGUUUUAAUGUUUAUAAAAUGGGGUAUGGCAGCAGUUUGAGCAGUAUCAUACAAGUCAUUGAUGGAGAAGAGAUUUGCAAGCAGGAAGUAUCUCUUAAAUGCUUUUAUUCUCGCAUCAAAGAUUAUUCUUGGCUAACAGACAGAAAUUGGAGAAAGUUGAGUUAUUGGGCUGGAGGUUCAGCAAAUGACACUGGGUGUGCUUGUGGAAUAACUUCCAGCUGCAGUAUAAAGAGGUGGAAAUGCAGUUGUGAUGGUCGGUCUAAGGUGAUAGUGAACGACAAUGGUGCGAUAACGGACAAGUCUGUGCUGCCAAUCACCUCGGUCAAUAUUGGUGACACAGGAUACGUAGACAUGGACAAAGUUACAGCCUAUAAAAAAUUUAGGGUGUGGAACAUCAAAUGCACAUCAGCUAGAGAUUACUGUAUUGGCUCCAAAUGUCCUCAGAAUGCCAACUGCCUUAGUGAUGUGCAUUCCUACACAUGUAAAUGCAAAGAUGGUUUCAUUGGAGAUGGAAAAAUCAGCUGUGCAAAUAUAACAAAUUGCAUGAACCUUGGAUGCAGUCAGAAUGCAACUUGCAAAAACGUCAAUGGCUCUGAAGGUUGUUAUUGCAAUGAUGGAUUUACUGGUAACGGAACCAAUUGCGGAGAUGUCAAUGAAUGCCUUUCUGCCGAGUUAAACAACUGCCCGUAUGGCUGUAAUAACACCAUCGGCAGUUAUCUAUGCACAUGUCCAAUUGGAUAUAAAAUACAAAAUGUAUCAACCUGUGUUGAUGUUGACGAAUGUGCAGAUAAGUCUCAUGACUGUCACAAAAAUGCUGCUUGCAAGAACACAGUGGGCUCAUUUAGCUGCAGCUGCAGAAAAGGAUAUAUUGGAGAUGGACGAAAUUGUACAGAUAACAACUACGCGUCAUGUGCGAGAGCGUUACGUACAAACAACAAUCAAAUGGCGACAUAUUACCUCAAAGUGAACGGUACUAUAUUGGAAGUCAAAUGUCAAGAUAAUAGGAACAGUAUUUUAACAACUAUUGCUCACAAAGAUAGUGGAAAAACAAUCUACAUCACCAACUACGAAAGGGAAGGGAGCUAUAAACGAAUGAUAAUGUAUGAACAGGACUUUCAAAGUAUAUUAAAAGUAAUUGAUGGAUCACACAGUUGUCGGCAGUCGGUCAAAGUGGUCUGCAGAGGUUCUCUUAUUAAGAGAUACUCUUGGCUAACUAACCGGGCCAAUGAAAGAAUGUCUUAUUGGGCCGGCGGUCCUGUAAAUGGAACAGGCUGUGCAUGUGGAAUAACAAACAAAUGUGACGUUGCCAACACUAAAUGUAAUUGUGAUGCUAAUGAUAACACAUACCGGACAGAUGUAGGAUUCGUAACGAGAAAGUCUGAUCUACCACUGACUUCGUUUAGCACUGGUGAUACUGGUUCAGUGUUGGAAAACAAGGAAAUCCUAAUUGGCGAUAUAGAAUGCUAUUCGGAUGUGGAUGAAUGCAAUGAAACACGUCCGUGUCAUGUAAAUGCAACAUGCAAUAAUACAAUAUUAUCUUAUCAAUGUGCUUGCAACCAAGGGUUUUAUGGAAACGGCAAGAAAGAAUGCCUAGAUCCUGUUCAGUGUCAGUCGUUGAACUGUUCAACAAAUCAAACAUGUGCCAACCCAAAUGGAACUCACAUUUGCAGAUGCAAGGAGGGAUUUCAAACUGAUAGCCGCAAAUGCAUAGACAAGGACGAGUGCUUGUCACGGACAACUAACGACUGCCAACAUCGAUGUAUUAACACAGUUGGCGGAUACAACUGCUCCUGUCAUCCAGGAUACAAACUGGUGAAACUCACGAAUUGCAUGGACGUUGAUGAAUGUACAUUGAGAAUCCACAAUUGUUCAAUGAAUGCAACAUGCAAAAACAACCGAGGGUCAUUUUCAUGCAUCUGUAAUAAAGGUUAUACUGGUGAUGGCUUCAAAUGUACAGAGCAUAGCUAUGAAUCCUGCAAGAAAGCUCUUCUCUCCAACAAAAUGGUAAAUAACAUUUACUAUCUCAAAGUGAACGGCCACAUAUUAGAGGUACGCUGUAUAAACAGGAUUAAUGAAUUCCUAACUAUCAUUUCACAUAAAGAUAGCGGGAGGCUGUUUUAUGUAUCUGGAUACGAAAGAUCAGGGAGCUACAAAAAGGCAAUUUCAUAUGCGCAGAACUUUCAAGCUAUAACAACAGUGGUAGAUCGCUCAAGUAGAUGUCAACAGCAGGUGAAGGUAUACUGCCGACAUUCCUUGAUUAAAGACUUCUCAUGGUUGAGCAACAGAGCCAACAUGAAAAUGACAUAUUGGGCUGGCGGUCCUGCAAAUGGAACCGGUUGUGCUUGUGGAAUAACAAAUACAUGUGCUGGUACCAACACUUUAUGCAACUGUGAUGCUAAUGAUUAUACUUAUCGAUCCGAUUCCGGUUACAUAACCAGAAAAUCAGAUCUUCCAUUAACAUCCGUAAGCACCGGUGACACUGGUGGCUCGCAUGAAUACAAAAGACUUUUAAUUGGCAGUGUUGAGUGUUUCUUAGAUGUGGAUGAAUGCUCCAAUGGAUUGCACCAAUGCAGUUUGAAUGCUACAUGCACCAACAGCAUUGGGUCAUAUAACUGCCAAUGCAAGCUUGGGUUUUCAGGCAAUGGCUUGCAUUGCAUCGACGUCGAUGAAUGUUUGGAAAACAGUCACAAUUGUGACAGCAAUGCUGAGUGCUUUAACACGGCUGGGAGCUUCAGCUGUGCUUGCAAAGAAGGAUUUUCUGGAAACGGAAGCCUGUGUCAAGAUGUCGAUGAAUGCUUUAGUGGAUUGCAUAAUUGCAGUUUGAAUGCGACAUGUACCAACAGCAUUGGGUCAUACAAUUGCCAAUGCAAGCUUGGGUUUUCAGGCAAUGACUCACAUUGCAUCGAUGUCAAUGAAUGUUUGGAAAACAGGCACAAUUGUGACAGCAAUGCUGAGUGCUUUAACACGGCUGGGAGCUUUAGCUGUGCUUGUAAAGAAGGAUUUUCUGGGAACGGAAGCCUGUGUCAAGAUGUCGAUGAAUGCUCCAGUGGAUUGCAUCAAUGCAGUUUGAAUACGAUAUGUACCAACAGCAUUGGGUCAUACAAUUGCCGAUGCAAGCUUGGGUUUUCAAGCAAUGCCUCGAAGUGCAUCGAUAUCAAUGAAUGUUUGGAAAAUGGCCACAACUGUGACAACAAUGCUGAGUGCCAUAACACGGCUGGAAGCUUCAGGUGUGCUUGCAAAGAAGGAUUUUCUGGCAAUGGAACUCGAUGUCAAGCUAUUCCAAGCACCUCGACAGAACAGCCAACAACAGCUCCAGAGACUUGCGAGAAUCUAAAUUGCCAGAAUGGUGCAACAUGCAGUGUGACGAAUGGAAAGCCGGUUUGCAAUUGCCCAGCUGGUCUGUCUGGCUCCCGAUGCACACAAAAGGAAAUUACAGUAGCUGGAAAAAUCACGCUACCCGCUGUAUCUUUACAUGGAUCGGCAGUGAAUUUAAGCGACACCAAUGUUCAAGAUGAUCUGCAAAACCUUUCGUCACCAUUGGCACAACAGCUUGUCAAUGCCUUCCAGCCAGAGUUGGAGCAAAAGUUGAAGCGAUCAAAUAAAGAUGUGGAAAGGGUUGAGAUAACAUCAUUCACGGUAGGAAGUCUUAUUGUGGAUUUCAAGAUUAUACUAAAAUCAAGUGCUGAUAUCGCACACUUUCAAAGUAACCUCAGCCUUCUUAUUGGUGGAACGUUGGGAGGAUCAUCGAUUUCAAAUUUCACAGUAUCAGAUUUUGAUGAAUGUAGCUCAGGAAGCUAUUGCCACAAGAAUGCAAAAUGUACCAACGUUGUAGGAUACUUUAACUGUCAAUGUAAAUCUGGCUUUACUGGAAAUGGAUUCGUUUGCACUGAAAACGAAGAAGGGUAUACAAGAUUGGCCAUUAUACUGGUGGUUGUUAUCUUGUUGAUACUGUUUAUAGUCCUUAUCGUGUAUGCUGUAUGGCAAAGAAAGAGAAGCAAAACAUCUGGAAAAUGGCAUAUGAAACAAUUCAAUGAGCGUGGUAUUGCACUUGUAAGUUUGGACCCUAUACCAUUAACCUUUGGAAAUGGUAUCAAGACAGAAACAUUUGAAAUGGAAAAGGACCAAGAAAAGAUUUCGGAAAUGCCAACUUCCUUCUAUGGAAGAAGUAAUGUAAUCGAUGAAGACUGAAUAACCUCAUAAUCAAGAUAACUAAAUUGAAAAAGUUUUUACUUGUUGUUAAAGCUUCAGUAUUUAAAUCAUACCUCAUAAAAAUCAUGUACUUAAAGUUACGAAUAUUUUUGCAUAUUCCUCAUUAAACGCUUAUUACAAAUUCAUUUACCAUUGCCACAGGAGAGGGUUUUUGCAAAUUUUGUAAUUUUGUAAAAUAAUUUUUUGUCAGAUAAUUUUGUUCUCAAUAUAUCGUGAUAGUAAACUGUAAUAUUGAUUAAUGAGCUUGUUUUUAUUACUGCCGGGGAUAUGCGGUGAGAGAAGUUUUGGGGCACUAGACACAGUUUUUUUGGUAAAGUGUCCUCAACAUCCCUUCCUCCCUUUCUAAACAAUAUUGCUUCAUGUAAUUUUUGACUUCAGGCUAUGUCCAAUCGACACCUGUCAGAUUGUUAUGACAUUUCACUCAACACCAAAAAAAUUUUGGAGGAGAGGGCAUGCGGUGUCAGCAUUUUCUACUGGAAAUUUGUAAUUCUUAAAUACAACAACAAAUUAAAAAAGGAAAUAUGCCAGAAAUUGUUGCCAUAAUUUGCUUCUUUCAUACAUCAACGGAAACAUUUGAUUUAAUUUGUUUUAGCUUAGACAAUUCGAUGUUGCACGAACUUGAAAAUUGCACGAAAUGCCGGAUCUCUCUUAGACUCUCCAAUUAGGUGAGCGGUGGCUGAUUAGUAAAAACAAGACAACCAAUCAGACGCGUCUUUCUUCCUCUCACGUUACCUUCGAUCCAAACCUGGAUAUAAAUUUUCAGCUUACAUUCGGUC